AUGGAUGAAGGACGUCACCAUGUUAGCCAGAAGGAACUUGGUUUUAGAAAACCCGAGAUCUUCAACGGUUCAGACCGUUCGAAGCUUAGGGAAUUUAUAAACCAAUGCAAGAACUACAUGGCCGGAAAUAGCCAUGUCUACCAGGAGGACAAUCAGAAGAUCGCAUUCGUGCUAUCGCACAUGCAAGGAGGAACAGCAGGAUCAUGGGCACAGAGCUUCAUAGAAACGGAACUCACCAAUGACGACUUCCUUUCUUAUGGGAGUUGGAGAGACUUCAUUGCGAGUGUGAACAAAGCAUUUGGCGAUGAAAAUAUUAAAGAAACCGCUCGUACCUUGCUGCGUAACAUCAAGCAAGGAACUCGUACUGCGGAUGACUACAUUGCCGAAUUCCGAUCACUUGAAUCCAAGGCGAAACUAGAAGAUGCCGGAAAUAUCGAGUAUUUCAAGUGGGGACUUAACGACCCACUCCGACAAAGGAUAUAUGGGAUGGAAAGCAUGCCCAAGACACUUGACAAGUGGUACGAAUACGCCUCGCGGUUUGAUAACCAAUGGAGAUCUGCUCAGAUCUUCAAGCGAGGGGCCACUACGACGACGCGAGGAAAGGGCCGAUCUGUCCAUCGUCCCUACUACUCGGCUUCUGCAAAGGAUCCAAACGCGAUGGAUGUUGAUCGUGUCAAUAUCUCGCGCUUAUCCCCGGACGAGCGACAAAAGAGAAUGAAAGAAGGAUUAUGUUUCCUAUGCGGAAAGAAGGGCCAUAUAGCCAACGACAGACAAUUCCACCCCCAGUCUGAAAGUUUCACCCGUGCUAGAACGAUACAGCCCGGGUUAGACACAGACACGAUCACAUGGAUCAAGAAGAUGCGAGAAGACCUCGCACAGGAGAAGGAGACGUCGAAGGAAGAAACCAGAGAGGAACAGAUCGCCUAUGUGCGAAACGUCUUCAACGACAUGACUGAUGAAGAACGAACCCAAUUGGCCGAAACGUUUAUGAACAUUCGUUUUGCGGAAGAAAACGAUUUCAUCAGAUGGGAAUUACCGAAACCGAUUACAGUCAUGAAUGCAGAUGGCACACCAAAUCAAAUGGGUACCAUUACUCAUUGUACCUGGAAGAUGAUGAAAAUCGGAGGAAGGAAGACGCUUACUCGCUUCCUCUUGACCGGCAUUGGCAAAGAAAACGUACUUCUCGGCAUGCCGUGGCUUAAACGCCUCAAUUCGAUGAUCAACUGGGAAACCGGUGACUUUUGGUUUGGUAAAGACGCCAAAUGGCCACCGAAACCCACCGUCGAAGAUGCACCAGAUGAAGAAGUUUCGAUUUUCAAGAAAGAUGGACUCCCAGAGUUAAUCACCACCGAAACUUCCCCUACCUCGUUUGGGCAUUCGGAAUCUAUCAGAGAAAUCAUGGCCGAUAACACUGAGCGUGGCGAGUUACCCGCAGUGCGGAAUGAUACCGAACCAGAUGACCCACUAUCAGAACCCCCUAUGAAUCAGCUCGAUGACGACGAUCUAGUUAUAUCCUAUAUCGCAGGAGAGCCAGUUAUUGGGAUAUUUGAACCCAUCAGGAAGGAGUCACCUUUGACGAAUGAAGAGACUGAAACUGCAGUCUUCACCAUACGAAGAGGCCCCGCCAUUGGAAGAAUGACGCACAGUACCCGAUCCCCAUUAUUCUGUAACGCACAGAAUACGGUCUUUUACAAACCAUCUGGUAAAUCACAAGAAUUGGCACAACAGGCACAUAAGGAAGCAUCAGCUGUAGACAAACCCAAAACCGUCGAGAAGUUGGUCCCCAACUACCUCCACGAUUUGAAGUCCGUUUUUGAAAAGAAAGCAGCUAAACGCUUUCCAGAAACCAGGCCUUGGGACCACGCCAUUGACUUGAAACCCGAUUUUAUUCCACGUGACUGUAAAGUCUAUCCGUUAUCGCUCAAAGAACAAGGAGCGAUGGAUGACUUCCUGGAAGAAAAUCUGCGAAAAGGAUACAUCCGACCGUCGAAAUCUCUCAUGGCUUCACCAUUUUUCUUCGUAGGAAAGAAAGACGGAGCACUACGUCCCUGUCAGGAUUACCGAUACCUGAAUGAAGGGACGGUGAAGAACACCUAUCCUCUUCCGCUCAUUUCUGACCUUAUGGAUCAAUUCAAAGGCGCAUCGAUCUUUACGAAAAUGGAUUUACGCUCCGGAUAUAACAAUGUCAGAAUCAAAGAUGGUGACCAAUGGAAGGGUGCAUUUAAGACAAAUCGCGGACUUUUCGAACCUAUGGUCAUGUUCUUUGGACUCUGCAACUCCCCAGCGACUUUCCAAAUGAUGAUGAACGCACUCUUCAAGGACAUGAUCGAUGAGGGAUGGAUAGUCAUUUGCAUGGAUGAUAUCCUCAUCUUCUCAAACGAUUUGGAAGAACAUCACGUUCGAACCCGACGCGUACUCCAACGACUUAAAGACAACGACCUAUUCCUUAAACCGGAAAAGUGUUUCUUUGACGUUAAAGAAGUCGAAUUCCUAGGCAUGAUCAUUCGAGAAAACUACAUUGGCAUGGAUCCUAUCAAACUUAAAGGAAUUGCAGAAUGGCCUGAACCAAGCACGGUAAAAGGUGUUCGCUCUUUCCUAGGGUUUGGAAACUUCUAUCGGAAGUUUAUUGCCAACUUCUCGGAUAUUGCCAAACCAUUGACGAAUCUUAUGCGCACUGCCGCUGGAUCUCCACCUUUUGAAUGGACAACAGAAUUACUGUUACUGCCUGACAAGGCAAAACCCUUUAUUGUUGAAUCCGACGCUUCCAAGUUUGCUACGGGUGCAGUUUUACGCCAAGCCGAUAUCAAUGGAGACCUCCAUCCUUGUGCCUACAUUUCACAGACACUCAAUCCAGCUGAACGGAACUACGAAAUCUACGACCGCGAACUCCUCGGAAUCAUUCGAGCCCUCACUGAAUGGCGCCAUUAUCUUGAAGGCUCUCCCCAUCCCGUCGAAGUUCGCAGUGAUCACAAGAACCUCACGUACUUCCGUACAGCUCAGAAGUUAAACCGCCGACAAGCACGAUGGAGUCUCAAAUUAUCACAAUUUGAUCUUCACCUCAUCCAUGUCCCUGGCACUCAGAUGAUCCAAUCUGAUGCGCUCUCUCGUCGUAAUGGACUCGAUGACAGUGAAAGUGACAACGAAGAUCGCAUUCUUUUACCCAACGCACUAUUCGUGCGAUCCAUUUCCCCGACACUAUUUGACGAAAUCAGGAAUCACGCAGCAAAAGACCUCAUUGUUCACAAAGCCCUCGAAGCGAUUGCGCACAAAGGGCCAUUCCCCAUGAAAUCAUCGCUUUCCGACUGGGAAGUUCGCAAUGGUGUCAUCCUCUACAAGGGAAAGAUUUACGUUCCACCAUCCGAAACUCUUCGUCGUGACCUCGUUCGACUACAUCACGACUCCCCUGCCAUGGGUCACCCUGGAAAGUUCAAUACUCUUGAACUGUUACGUCGUGAAUUCUGGUGGCCCGGCAUGUAUACAUUUGUCUACAAUUAUGUUGAAGGCUGUGCCGCCUGUCAACAAAUGAAACCGAAUACUCAUCCAACUCGUAUUCCUUUGGAACCAAUUCCCGCCGACCCACACGCAUUACCAUUUUCCUGUUGCACCACCGAUUUUAUUACCGACCUCCCCGUUUCCAACGGUUUUGAUUCAAUUAUGGUCGUAGUAGACCAUGACCUUACGAAGGGGGUGAUUCUUACGCCCUGCCUCAAAACGAUCACAGCCGAAGGAACGGCCAAGAUUUUUCAUGACAAAGUAUACUCGCGAUUUGGAUUACCCGACCGAAUCAUCUCGGAUAGAGGACCUCAAUACGCAUCCAAGGUCUUCCAAGAGUUAAAUCGACUACUCCAGAUCAGAUCAUCAAUGAGCACAGCUUAUCACCCUCAGACGAACGGAGAAACAGAGCGAGUCAACCAGGAGCUGGAAAUCUAUCUUCGACUCUAUUGCGGAAACAACCCUGAAACAUGGGCCGACCGCCUGUCAGACCUCGAGUUUUGUCAUAACACAAGGGAACACUCGGCACGGAAGAUGAGCCCAUUCCGCAUCAUGAUGGGAUACGAACCACGUGGACUCCCUUCCGUAUUUCCGACCACGAACAUUCCAUCGGUUGAAUCCAGGCUUGACAUGUUGCAGAAGAUAAGGCUAGAAGCACUAGCCAUGCACGAGUUAGCCCGACAACAGAUGGCGGACCGAGUCAGACAAGGAUCGCCGAAGUUUACACUAGGACAGAAGGUCUGGCUAGACUCGAGGAACCUGAAGGUCAAUUACGCCUCGCGCAAGAUAGCACCAAAGCGUGAGGGGCCAUUCGAAAUUGUCGAAGUCAUCAGAUCAGCCAACUAUCGUCUCAAACUCCCGAAGACCUGGCGAGUUCAUUCCGUAUUCCACGCCGCCCUUCUAUCUCCUUAUCGCGAAAACGACAUACAUGGUCCGAAUUACAUGAACCCACCACCUGAGGUCGUUGAUAACGAAGAAGAGUACGAAGUCGAAGCCAUCCUGAAUCACAAGACGUACCGAGGUCAUCUGAGGUACUUAGUCAAGUGGAAGGGAUAUUCUUCAGCAGAAAACUCGUGGGAACCUGCCCACAAUUUACAGAAUGCCAAGCGAAUCCUCGAUGCAUAUAAAAGGACCAGGAGAAUCCAGUAG